GGGCAGCGAUCACGGAGGGGAGCCCAGGACAGGGCGCCCCAGGCAGGGUUUCCGAGAGGUCUUGGGUCAGCCUCAGUGUGAUGUUUACCCUUCUCCUUCUAGACCAAAAGGCUCCGUCCCGAGUUACAGACAACGUGGAUUCAGAGGGAGGUUUGACAGUGAAAUUACCUGAAAACAUGAUGUUUGAAGUGGCCACCUACAGGUCCAGGAAGCGCAGCGUCGAGGUCUUGGGGACCCGGAUACCCAGGCAACUCCUGGCUGCCCUUGAGAACACGAAGCUGAGGCGUAAACUGCCCGAUUCGUUCCAAUCAAUCCGAGCAAUGAGAGAAGACCUGUAUCUGGUGACAGAAACCCUGACGACGACAAAGACUGAAACCCUGGAAAGCGAACAAGGAUGUGUUAUUCAGCUCCUGGUGGAUCGUUUGGGUUUCCGAUAUGGACGCAAGUGUCAAAAGGCGGUGACCAUCCCCCCUGGGACAGUCCUGGGCUAUCGCCUAAAGCAGCUCGUCUUCCCCAACGAGGAGAGCAUGAAUAUUAUUUCCGAAAAAACAAAAUCCUUUCCACAAGAGAAAGAUGGUGGUGCAUCUUGCUUAGGGAAGUCCUUGAGUUUGGAGGGUUCCAGAAGCAUGAAGGAGAAGGUGCAGGACCUGGUGAGGGUCCUCCAGGAUCUGACGGAGAAGGAGCAAAAAAGGGUGCUGAGCUGCCUCGCUAAGUGCCUCACUGAGGAUGAACAGCUGCAGGAUCUACAGCAAAGAGUGUCUGAGGUCCAGCGCUCCGGAGAGCUACGGAUGGAGGGCCCAGCAGGUCCUUUCAUAAGCAGCCUUUUUAAUACAGCUGGGAUCUUGGUAGAGGCGCGCGUGGAAGCCCUGUGGGAUGUCCUGGAUGCUUUGGCGGAGUUGUCUGAGGAGCGGCGGUUUGUGGCUGAGGCCCUAGAAAACAGAACCCUGCCUCUGUUGAAGGGCAAGAUGGAGUCUAUCCUGGAGCAGAACCUGGGUGAGAAGCUGCGUGAUGAGGGCUUUGACCCCGAGGCACGAACUCUCUGGGCCCUCUACGUGGUUGUCUCCAUCCUGCUGCAGCUGGAGAAGCCUACCUCUGUGUCUUCCUAACACUCUGGUAGCUCUUUAACCAUGCUCCCCACAAGCCCCUGGGUGGUCUUCGCCCCGGUCUAUCCUCGCCAUCCCGCUUCCCAGUCACCAGAACAAUGUCUUUAAAACAAGCCGCUGGCUGGUUUUUGAGACACCCCAUUUGCUGAGAUCAUGUCCAAAAAUCAGCCUGGAUUGUAUGCAUGACCUUCUGAUUAAAAGUGGCAGUUUGACCAUA